AUGCUAUCAAGAGCUCUUCAGAGAGCCAAUACGGCAGUUCAGCUCGAUAAUGCUCAAAACUUUGAAGGGGCGCGCCAAUCGUAUGCCGAGGCCUGCGACCUGCUGUCGCAGGUCUUGUCACGAACCACAACAGAUGAAGAUAAGCGCAAGCUGGAAGCUAUCCGGCGAACCUACACUAGCAGAAUAGAAGAGUUGGAUCAUAUUGGACCAGCCCAAAGCCCAGAGGGCAAGGAGCUUCCAGCACGCCCCGAAAGCUUAGAAUUAUACUCUGGGCCAACCUCCCGCUCCACUGACGAUGAGUUUGAGGACUACGAAAAUGUUAGGGGGCUUGAUAAUUACACCGCGGUCGGCAGCGAUAAAGACCGAGACGCUGCAGUCGAGGCAGCUUACAAUGAUGGCUAUGAACCGGCUGACCACUCGGGCUUUGAGGGUAGCAGUGACGAGGAGCUUGCUUCCAAUUCCGUAGGGAGGAACCUGCCUACAAAGCAGACAGUUCAAGAUUUACAAGAUGAAGGGCACGAAAUUAGCCUCUCAAAACAGAGACAGGACUCUGAUACCAUGCGCCGGGACUUUUACGAGGAUGACUCUUCCGAGGACGAAGACCGCCUUCUGGCAGAAAUAACCCACGCCCUAGCCACUGAAGACUUGGCGAAUGCUAUCGAAACACUUGUGCACCCUCGCGGCGGUUACCUGAGCAACAAGCUUUUCGUACCUCGAGACGCGUGGAAAGUCAGAGGCGUCAAGAUCCGGGGUGUCGACGACAAAAUCGCAAUUUGUGACUAUCUGACUGCCGCGCUCCUCAAACUUGCAAAGGUAGAUACCUGCGACGCCGACGCCGUUUUAGAGGAGAUGCAGGCGCUUGAAGGUAUUCUUGAACAAGUGCAAGCGAACCUCACGCGCAAAUUUGGCAUGGAAGUCGGCGUGCAAAAUUCUGGCACUCUGUUUCGUGAUGCCUCAAAUUCCGCAGAAAUUGAAGCAGCGAUCAACGUGCCGCGGUCUGGUAGUGUCUCUGGCAAAUCCUCGUCUUUUUCAUGGCGGCGCCUCCGAUCCAAGAACUCGGCCGCAGGUCUGAGUAGUAGCUAUGGCAAAAACAAUAUUGGAGACAAUGGUAAGGAGUCACCUUCACUGGAAACUUUGCCAAUGACUGCGCAUCCCACGAGCCGUCCGGCCAAGCGUGAUAUGGGCAGUGUUGAGUUCUCUGGGCCCAACGCCCCAUAUAUGGGAUCAUUGGCACGGUUGUUUGAUGCUGCACAAGCCAUAGACCAGAUUGCUCGACAGGUAGAAGACCCCGGACUUCGUCAUGCAGAUAAAACCCAGGUAGGCCUUGAGCUCUGCACCCGCCAUGCUGCUGAGUUUUUCGGCUUCUAUAUCUGCCGCUUUGUGAUGAACGAUGUCAGCACUCUUCUCGAUAAGUUUGUUAAGAGGGGAACGCCGAGAACGCCAGACAGCCACGCUUAUCCCAAUCUCGAGCGGCGCAUUUCGUCUAUUCCCAUUGAGCGCUAUCGUAACUUUUGCAUCGUUGCUCACAUCGACCAUGGUAAGAGCACGCUCAGUGAUCGUCUCCUCGAGUUGACUGGGACGAUUUCUGCCAACGCCUCGAACAAACAGAUACUGGAUAAACUGGACGUGGAGCGCGAGCGUGGCAUCACCGUCAAAGCACAGACUUGUACCAUGAUAUACAACUACAAAGGACAGGACUAUCUUCUACACCUAGUCGACACACCCGGGCACGUUGAUUUCAGAGCCGAGGUGACGAGAUCUUAUGCAAGCUGUGGUGGUGCACUGCUGCUAGUGGAUGCGAGUCAAGGUAUCCAGGCUCAAACUGUGUCCAAUUUUCACCUCGCAUUUGCGCAGGAUCUAGCAUUGAUACCUGUUAUCAACAAGAUUGACAUGAUCUCUGCCGACACUCCUCGUGUUCUCGAGCAGAUAGAGUCGUCGUUUGAACUUAACCCCAAAGAUGCCGUGCUGGUAUCGGCAAAGACUGGUAAGAAUGUUGCAAGUAUUUUACCCCAAGUCGUGGAGCGCAUACCUGCUCCUGUCGGAGAUUCGUCAGGCCAGCUUCGCCUGCUCCUUGUUGACUCAUGGUACGACAAUUUCCGGGGUGUCAUCUUGCUUGUUCGUGUCUUUGACGGUCAGGUACAAGCUGGUGACCAACUUGUAUCACUCGGGACUGGUAACAAAUACACCGUAGGCGAAGUCGGAAUCCAGUAUCCUGGUGCCGUGUCGCAGAGCGUCCUGCGAGCCGGACAGGUAGGAUAUAUUCACUUCAACCCUGGCAUGAAACGCAUUCAAGAUGCCAAGCUCGGUGAUACGUUCACGACGGUUGGGAAUGAGGAUUCGGUUGUGCCAUAUCCAGGGUUCGAAGAACCCAAACCCAUGGUGUUUGUUGCUGCUUUCCCAGUGGACCCGAAUGACUACAGCCGUCUUGCUGACAGCAUCAGCCAGUUGGUGCUGAAUGACCGCAGCGUGACGUUACAGAAGGACUUCUCUGAAGCCUUGGGGUCCGGCUGGCGGCUUGGGUUCUUGGGGAGCUUACACUGCUCUGUUUUUCAAGAUCGUCUCCGCCAGGAACAUGGUGGAAGUGUGAUCAUCACAGACCCCACCGUGCCUACAAAGGUGGAAUGGCAAGAUGGUACCGAGGAAAUAUUCCAGAAUCCGUCUGAAUUCCCGUCCACUGAUGAUCAUCGCAUGCGUGGCGCCACAACGUACGAACUUUUCGUUACUGCGACUAUCACUCUACCUGAAGAAUACCUUGGUCGAGUGAUGGAACUGUGCGAGAGUAUGCGAGGGGAGCAGAAAAGCCUUGACUUCUUCCACGCCACCCAAGUCAUUUUGCGUUAUGAGAUCCCCGCGUCUAAUCUGGUCGACGACUUAUUUGGCAAACUCAAAGGUGCUACAAAGGGCUAUGCUACAUUAGACUACGAGGACGCUGGUUGGCGACCCAGCCAGCUGACCAAGUUGCAGCUUCUUGUCAACAAAGCUCCAGUCGAUGCUAUCUGUAGGGUCAUCCAUGUGUCCCAAGCUGAGCGACUGGGCCGUCAAUGGGUGACCAAGUUCAAGGAACACGUGGAUCGGCAAAUGUUUGAAAUCGUGAUUCAAGCAGCUGCCGGGAGGCGAAUCGUGGCCCGCGAGACAAUUAAGCCAUUCCGAAAAGACGUGCUUGCCAAACUCCAUGCAAGUGACAUCACCCGCCGACGGAAACUUUUGGAGAAGCAGAAGGCAGGCCGAAAGCGUCUUCGCGCCGUGGGAAACGUGGUCAUUGAUCAAUCUGCAUUUCAAAGUUUUCUGGCGCGAUGA